UACAGCCAUAAAUUUCCAAUCUAUAAAAAUGAUUCUUCCUUAUCGCUUCUAUUCCCAUGGGGAGCUGUACAAUGAUCUGACAUAUUCAGCUUGGCAGAACUAAUCAGCUACCUAUGUGGACAGCCGCGGCAGCACAGGGGUUAAGCACCCUUUCCUUGCCGGCCGCUUAGCCUCGUCCUCACUUUUUUGGGUGAACAAAUGAUAUUUUUCAGAAACCCAGACGUCAGCGAGACAUUCUAACAUAAGAAAGAGGAUAUAGUGAUAGUGUCCGGCCAUUAUAAAGGAGAGAUACAAGGCGCUCCAGCGCAGAAGUGGUUAAACGGGUGUGGCCAAGUGACGGCUGACAGUGUGCGCCUGCGCGGUGGGGACAUACACACAGCGCUGCUGCUGCCUCUCCUCUCAGUGUGGGGAUAGGCGGCGGGUGUAAAGGGGUUUUAUUUCGGGCGCUGGAGCUCCCAGGAUCCUUCUCCCGGGCGGGAUCACCCGUCUCCUUCCAUCAUUCCAUGGGAUAAUAAUGACAGCCCGGUCGCCGCUACAGGGUUUCUUCUUCGGCUACUAGAUGGCUCUGGUUACGGUGCAGCGAUCCCCCACCCCCAGCACGACCUCCAGCCCCUGCGUGUCGAGUUCACAAUUGGAAGAAAGUGAGACUGAAGUGUUCUGCUGCCAGUGUGAAGAUACAGAGCUCUUAAAUGGUACCAAUGAGGCGGACAGUGGGGAAGAAGAGUGUCGGUCGCAGCCUAGAAGCAUCAGUGAAAGUUUCCUGACGGUCAAAGGUGCUGCCUUAUUCUUACCACGUGGAAAUGGCUCAUCUACCCCAAGGAUCAGCCAUAGGCGGAAUAAGCAUGCAGGGGACCUUCAGCAACAUCUCCAAGCCAUGUUCACACUCCUCCGACCUGAGGACAACAUCCGCCUGGCCGUAAAAUUAGAAAGCACCUACCAGAACCGCACACGUUACAUGGUUGUCGUCUCAACAAACGGAAGGCAAGACACUGAGGAGAGCAUCGUACUGGGGAUGGAUUUUUCAUGCAAUGACAGCAGUUCUUGUACCAUGGGCCUAGUUCUUCCUUUGUGGAGUGACACCCUUAUACACCUGGAUGGAGAUGGGGGAUUCAGUGUAUCUACAGAUAACAGGGUGCACGUAUUUAAGCCUGUGUCUGUUCAAGCCAUGUGGUCUGCACUGCAAAGCUUGCACAAAGCCUGCGAGGUAGCUCGUGCCAACAAUUACUACCCAGGCAGCCUAUUCUUAACUUGGGUUAGUUACUAUGAAAGUCAUAUUAACUCCGACCAGACAUCGGUCAACGAAUGGAACGCCAUGCAGGAUGUCCAGUCCCACCGCUCCGAUUCACCUGUCCUCUUCACCGAUGUCCCAACCGAGCGAGAACGCACUGAACGCCUGAUAAAAAUAAAAUUAAGAGAAAUCAUGAUGCAGAAGGACCUGGAAAACAUCACAUCCAAAGAGAUCCGAACAGAGCUGGAAAUGCAGAUGGUUUGUAACCUGAGAGAGUUCAAAGAGUUCAUCGAUAAUGAAAUGAUCGUCAUCUUAGGACAGAUGGAUAGCCCCACUGAAAUCUUUGACCAUGUGUAUCUGGGCUCAGAAUGGAACGCCUCCAAUCUGGAAGAUUUACAGAAUAGAGGGGUCAGAUACAUUUUGAACGUCACAAGAGAGAUUGAUAACUUUUUUCCUGGCAACUUUGAAUAUCACAAUAUCAGAGUAUAUGACGAGGAAGGCACGGACCUGCUGGCAUAUUGGAAUGAUACGUAUAAAUUCAUCUCUAAAGCAAAAAAACAUGGAGCUAAAUGUCUUGUGCACUGUAAAAUGGGAGUCAGCCGCUCCGCUUCCACUGUGAUUGCUUAUGCUAUGAAGGAGUAUGGCUGGAACCUGGAUAGAGCUUUUGACUAUGUGAAGGAGAGGCGAACCGUUACCAAACCUAACCCUAGUUUCAUGAAGCAGCUUGAGGAAUAUCAGGGCAUUCUGUUGGCAAGCAAGCAGAGACACAACAAGCUAUGGCGUUCUCACUCAGAUAGUGACCUAUCCGAUCACCACGAACCCAUUGGGAAAACCGGAAUGGACAUGAGCAAAAAGGACAUUACCUCCUCAGCGGAGCAGCUCACAGACAUGCAUCAUUCCUUUACACUGGGACCUCAUACAGAUAACUGUAACCCAACUUGCCCCAUGAGCACCUCUCUGUGCAACACACCACAAGCACAUUACGAGUUUACAUCUUGUGAUUAUCACACUGGACAAAUAGAGGAUAUUCUAAAUCUCAACACCGUGAAUGGUUGCUCAGCACGAUGCUGCUCUGUCGAGUCUUCAAUUUUCCUGGACAAUUGUCGAACUGACAGGCUCACAGAAGACUUGUCUCCAGUUUCCGAAAGUUUAACAUGUCAGUCUGAACUACCUGACCUGACGCUGGAGGACAUGGAGAAGGAUGCACUGAAGAAUGAGGUUGACUGCCCUCUCCUGCCACUUAGGAAUCUUGGAUCACACACUGGUGAUCUCCCGGAAUCUCCUGAUCAAUCCUCUUUUACUUCUCAAUCUGAGGACAUGAGUGGGGACAGAAUUGAUUUCCUAAGUGCACUGGAAAAAUUUGAAGAAUUAUCUCAGGAGAAUCGGCCACGGACCUGCUCCACCACCCGAGCAGAUGAGCAAAUCAGCAAUGUUAGAAAUGGUGCCCUGAAAGGUUCCUGGCCAGAGACAUCCUUGUACGAGAGCCAUGCAGAUAAACAGAGGGCAAAUGCAGAUGUCGGCACCCCACAGGCCUCUGAAGACUCUUCUACAGAUGAGGAGCAGCCAAAGGAGGUUUCUGACCCAGUUGUUCAAGAUCAUCUCCCCAAGUCACACUCCGAAAAUGCAAUAUCGGUGAAAGAGAUAAUCACGGAGAUUGAGUCCUUCAAACAGGGAGUAGGCCAGUGCCAACAAAAAACAGACAAUCUGUCUAGCCAAGUGCAAGCACCAAAGAGAAAUACAAUCCAUGAUUUGUCACUUGAAUCUGUCUGGGAACCAGAAAGCAACUGCAAAGAGCAAAGCGAGGCUAGUGCAGCACUGCCACAUGACAAGUCUAAAGAGCAAAAGUGCAAACAAAGUUCUCAGGAGGAUCCGGAAAGCUUCAGUGAAACUAAUGACUGUCAGGACGUUCCAGGCCAGGCUCCCAAGUGGUGCGCUGGCUCUGUCAGGAGGGCCACAUUGGAGUUUGAGGAACGCUUGCGGCAAGAGCAGGAGCAGCAGCAGCUCACCUCAGCUGUGCCAACAAGGAAAAAUUCUAAGAAUGACUCUGCCUUUUGUGAUUCUGCUCCAAAAAAUAAAAUUGAAGACUCUUUGCUUGAUGCUCCAGAUAGUGAAAAGGAUAAAAAGGUCAAAAUAAAGGUUACAGGGUUAGAACCUUUGGAACUUCUCAGAUCUGAGCCAUCUAAAGACUCGCAGUCAUCUCUUUUGUGUGAGCAUCCUUAUAUGCAAAUAAAGCAGGAUGCAAAUCAUUCAGAACUAGGAGUGAAAGAGAAUCAGCCCCUUAUUACUGAACAUUUAGAGGAGACUAGUCCAAUAGAGUUUCCAAAGAAAGUAGAACAUAACCUGGGACUUCAAUAUUAUGAUAACAAUGACAAUGACCUCUCGGAGUUCAGCCUCAGUAGUGGGGAGGUAGUUUUAGACUCAAAAACUCGAUCUUCAGAAGCACCUUUAAAAAAUGCCUGCGCAAGUGCAUCGGGCAGGUCCUCUGCACAAACAGAAAGCCUACCUUUCAAAUUGGGUUCACUGGAAGCAACCUUUACAUCUGACAGUGCCCAGAAAGAGCAUAGUCUUGUAACUCCUUUAAAAGAUACCAAUGUAGACAGUCCUAGUAUAAUUCUAGAAUUCCCCAGUCCUGGUUACCAGUGUCACCCAUGCUCCAUUGUAUUAGAAGGUGCCACUGAAGAAUGCACCAGUACGGAUGAGAGUUUAGGCAACCUGUCAAACAGUACAGACCAGCACCAAGGGAACCCUUUUAUGGGCCUUGGUGAGUUAAUGCAAAGGGAAGCUGACAGUGCCUUGUCCCAGCUGAGCCAUGAAGAUCUCAAUUUAAUCAACAAGCUUACUGAGAACAUACGGGAACUGCGGGAAGUCCUGGAUGUUUCAUCUUUCUCUUUUGGCCUUCCUCAUAGUUCUAGCAGCGACAGCAUCAAAGACUUGAGUAGCAACCCUGGAGUUGUGAAACAGAGAGCGAAGGAGAUCGAGGCACGGAUUCGGCAAGCUGGUCUCACCACUCCGUCCCAGAUGAAACGCUCUGCAUCUCUAGCCAAACUGGGCUGUUUAGAACUUUCUAAAGAUGAUUUGUCAGAGAGGGGCUCUGUCUCAUCGGAAAAUAAUCAAACUUACCCUGACAUGCUUCAGAAUUCUCUCCGAAUUGUGCCAGUAAAUUAUGAAUCUGAUUUUGAUCUAAAAUUAGAAGAUCCACCUGAAAAGCUUUGCAUCCUUUCUGUACAGGACUCCUCGGGACUGGAACCCAUGAAACAUUUUGUAGAACCGAUCAAAACUGCAGAGUGUGUUGUAAAGAGCAAACCAGUGGAGAAGCCUCUUGUGCAAUAUGCCAAAGAGUUUGGUUCAACUCAGCAGGGUAUAGUAAGUCCUGAGUCUGAAUUAACUGUUUCCCAGGGGCACCUUCACCCACCAGUGGUACUAGACCCCUCUGUCCCACUAAUAAGUGUCACCCCCAAGCACGAACAUGGUAGAACUCAUCCUUUGAGACGACUUAAAAAGACUAAUGAAAAGAAGAGGACAACCAAUCCACUUUACAAUACCAUGUAAUCCUGGAACUUUUUAGUGUGUUUUUUUUUUUUUUUUUCAUUCUUAUAAAGGGGCAGGUGUAAUAUGUGAGGAACGUGCACUUUAUUGGUUAAUUUUAUAUAUUUUGACAUAUUGUUUUAUUGUUCCUGAUGCAUGUAAGGUAUGGGCUUCCCUUACUCCUCCUUCCCUUUGUAAGUAAUUCCUGACUGCACACAUGUAAGUCAUUGUACAUAUAUAAAUAUAAUUGUGUGUGUUUUAUUAUUAUUUUUUUAACUUUGAAACCUCAAAUAUUUGUUUUUAAAAAUCCUUAGUAAAAGCAGGUUACUGUUCCUAUAUUGUCGUCUGGCCCCCGUUGCCCCAACUAGCAAGUCUGUCAAUGUAGUAGGAACCAGGCGCACUUUCAAUUGCUUCUCUAACACUUCAGAUUGAUGCUUUGUCUGGGGGUAGAUUACUUUUAUUUUUUUUCUUUAUUUUUUUUCCAAUCUUUUCAGAACUGUGAAGGUUUUAGGAUAGUUCAAGUUGAUAACCCGUUUACUGAUGUUGCGAUGUUCUGAAGUUGCCACCUCCGCAGCCUGCAUGUGCGACUUACAUAAAAUUGUAAGUUACAUUAGAAUUUUUAGAUCUCUCUUUAUUUAGAAAAGCCCCCAUCAAUCCCUUCAUUGUGAACCUAAUGCCUUUUCUGGGUCAACAGUGCUGCCAUGCAUUUAUAGAUGCGAUCGGCAAGUAGGGAUUCAGAGUGCCAUGUGGCUGUUGACUUUUAAAUAUCACUAUAAACCUUACUUUUAAGCAAGGUGAUGCCUGUUUUGUGGCAUGUCAGUUGCUGAGAUUUGGGGGGAAAAACUGUGCAGAACCUACAUGGUGUUGGCAUGGCCUCCAUUGCUUGCAGUAGGAAGGAGUAGCUUUGUACUCGUGAGGGAGAAGACUGCAACAGCCACUUUAUUCUUUUACAAGAAGGUCUUAAGUAGUAGAAAUAGUCCCCAUUACAUCUUAGAAAAUCAGUCCCGAUACCACCCAGGGCUUUAACAAUACAAUAUCGUAAUCUAUGUUGGAAUGUGCUCUUAGUAGUUUCUCUACUCUACAGGGAUUGACCAUUCAUUACUUGAAUAUGCUGUGAACUGUCAGAGUUUAUGGCCACUUUACUUAUUUUUGCCUUUCACCUCUUUCUACUGAUCCACUUGUUCCUGCUGUAGUUCACACAUUGUAUUUCUAGUGACUCUCAGUGCUGCCUAUCUGUCUGUACGAAACACAACCUGUAAAUGUUACAUAGUGUGUGUGCGUGUGUGUUUUGAUAUUCAGAGGAAAGCUACAAAGUGUUUUGGCCUUCCUGGAAACUGUGUUCAGUCUAUUAAAGUUUGCGUGUUUGCGAAGACCUAAAUAUAUAUUAUAUAGGUGUAUUUGUGGGCGGGUAUAUCUAGUGUAUGUACAUGCCUGCAGCAUCCCUACAAAUACAUACGUAUAAUAUGUGUUCUAUAUGACAUUUUUACUGACACUUGGGGUUUUUAAUAGCAAGAUUUGCUGCAAACUGGAAUACUCCAAAAUGUAGUAGUGAUUUACCGUUAUUUCCCUUUUUUAGCUGUCGUUUUUAUUUGCUGCUAGGGUCAUAGUGCAGAGGCAGUUUAAAGAGCAGCUACACUUGAAAUGCUUAGAUAUCGCAUCCUGACUUGUAGUAUGUAUGGGCUCUUAGAUCUGUACUGGGUGAGAAGGUAUCAGAAUACUAAAACUUGUGCAGCAUCUGUUGAUCCAUUGGUCUGUUUGGCAUCCUUUAAAGUGGACCUGUCAACAGGUUUUUAGGGUAAAAGGGCAUGGCUUUUGGCCCUAAAUCAGUCCAUACCUCUCAUUAUUAAAUUGACCCCUUCAGCACAGAGAGAUCAGUUAUAGAGAUAUGCAAACUAAGCUUUGGAGCCCACUGGGCGUUCCCCUCAGUUACUAGAGCUCAAGAGGCCAAACUGUGCUGGGCUCUAGCGGCCAAGAGGAAAACCCAGUGGGCUCCAAAGCCUGGAGGGGUCAAUUAACUAAUGAUGAUCAUACUAAUUUGGAAUCAAAUGCCCUUGCAUUAUACCCUACUUUAUACCCUACAAAGACUGCUCCAUUUCAGCCACCCUGGUCUGUUGUUAGUCCUGGAAAUGCAUGAAUUGUCUUUCCACAUAUCGAUAGGGUGCAUCCUUUAACGGCAGACAAUGUCCAUUCAGUGCUGACCGUUCCGGACACUGACAAUUCAUUCCCAUUGUCCAUAUAUUGUGUGAAAUAAAGCCAUCAGUUCAUGAAUACAUUUCAAGGAGGAAUAACACUAGGAAUUGCACAUUGUGGUGUUGCAAUGAUAAUGCUGGGCAUCUUUUCUUACGUGGGGAUUACAAGUUUUUGUAUGAGACAUAUCAGGAGAGCAGGUUCUCUUUAAGCUGCAGGACAGUGUAGCCAUAGAUGUAGAAAAACCCACCCAUCAGUAAAUGUCUGGAGAAGGAGAGGACACUUGCUAAGUAGAAAUCCUGGUUGUCAAACUUGGAUGAACUGGCACUUUAGGUCUAGUUGCCUUUUUAAAUGCCUUCUGGAACCCGCCAACCAGUCUCAAAAAAUUGAUGCCUGUUCCGUCCUGGCUCCUCAGUUAAGGCAAGCCACACUGCGUUUUUACUUGUUUUUUUUUAGUCAUUCAUGAGCUAUGGCUCAGUACCUGACUUAGAGUUAAAGCUUGUCUGUAGAUAGGGAAUCCGAAACUUUCCUCCCUGCUUUACACAGUAGCAAUCCAUUAUACCCUGCUGCAAUAAUGUGCCUGCCAAGUUGUUUGGAAAUGACAGAAUCCCACCAGGACUAUCACGGAUUCACUCUUUACCAUUUCGUUUAUUUUCACAAUGUGGUUGACAUUUCUAAUUUGGUAGAUGUAGCAUCUGAUGCAGCUCACUUAAUGAACCAAUUGGAAGGGAAAUGUGGUGUAGAGACGAGGUUUGUGUUCCUAGGAUGAGGAGUAAAGGGUUUGUAAUCUCAUUCGAUGUUUUGUCUGUGUCAGUGUAACCCAGUCUGGCCUCUGCUGAGAGGAGCGUCCACACAGAGACUCUUGAUAGCAGCUCACUCUUCGGCAAGUUUUAUUUUGUAAAAUGUAUACACAAUACGUUGUUUUUUUAUUUUAAGGGCAUUUUUGUACAAACGCUGUUCUUUGUCUUUUACAAAAAAUACUGUGGUUGAGGAAAUUUAUUGUUUACAUUGUGAAUAUUAAACCUAAAUAAACAAAAAAUACCUAAU